CAGAAGUCCCCGCGGACCACACCGUGACAAGUGAAGAAUCUCGGACCUUGGGAAAUCGCAGACAGUGUGAUUGUGCACAAUCGAAUGUGGGAUAACGCACAACAGUCCUACUAGUACAGAACAUUCACUCACAACGCGCCAUACACAAACAAACCUGCCAAAUAGUUUAAAGCGAACCUCAUAUCCGUGGCAUCUCGCACCUUUUUCCCCUACAGAGCCUCACCAACACCGCGACUUCCAGAUCCCACAAGCAUCUUCCUCCGCUAGGCUCUCUCCCCCAAAAUGUCCGCCGAAAUGGAAGUUGACCCAGUCCCACCGGCCGCCUCUGCCGCCGCCGAUGCAAACUUGGACGCCAAUGCAAAGAAUGCCAGCAGCCGCAGCAGAACCUCGUCACCCACCGAGUCAAGAAAAGAACCCGGCGCUGGCGCAGGCACAGAGGCGCGCACCGCUCAAGGCGCUGUCGCAGUCCGCAGUAUUGAAGGCUGGAUCGUGGUCGCGACCAACAUCCACGAAGAGGCUACCGAGGAGGAUAUCACCGAUCUGUUUGGAGAGUAUGGCGAUAUUAAGAAUUUGCAUCUCAACUUGGAUCGGCGGACCGGUUAUGUCAAGGGCUACGUACUAAUCGAGUACCCAACACAAGUCGAAGCCGCAUCUGCAAUCAAGGCCUUGAACGGCGCGAAACUUCUUGACCAGACCAUCUCCGUCGACUAUGCCUUCGUCCGACCGCCGCCAAAGGAGAAGGGCCGUGGCAGCAACAAGGGAGCUGAGCGUCGUGGCGGCCGGGGCGGUGGAGGCAGAAGUCGCAGCCGAAGCAAGACCAGAAGUAUCAGUCGAAGCAGGAGCAGGAGCAGGGAAAGACGGCGUCGAGCUUCCGACGACGAGGAUAGGAUGGAUCGGGACUGAGCUCACCCCUUGCUAUGGUGUAAUUUUGGCCUUGUCCAACAUGGCAUUGCGGGGCACGCAGUGGCAUACCAAAUCUGCGACCGCCGGUGACAGCGACAAACAAGGCUGGGCCGGACACCAGAAGAAGAAGACAGCAGGGAAAGCUUUUGUGGGUUUAUGGAAAGCAGACCGGGGAGGAAAACGAUGGCGCGCCUUCUUCUUUCUUGUUGCGACACGCAUUGAGUGUGCGAUGAGAUGAGACGUCUUUUGUCGAAGCCAGGUCGACUCGGAUAUCCUGUUUGCGGACGGAAACGACCCCCAUCUCGGCCUUUUCACAAGGUCUAGGACACCAUGCUCGGCGCACUGCCAGCGGUAGUCUGAUUUGCAGUGAUCUGAGCCGGACGACGAGCCAUUUCCAAACAUGACACAGGCAGAGUCCACAGCCUCCAAAACUACGAAAAGCCCGAUUCUCCAGCCAAAAGACGCCCGAUCGGAUCAUAGCCGUGUUGAAGAGUGGAAUGGAAUGGAUGGAAUGGAUGACGAUGGCGAUGUCUCGAUGGUCCCUCGAUGGCAAGGCUCCGUGCUCUCGACCCAGCAAAGUUCAUUAUUGAGACGAGACUGCCACUGGGCCCGACGAGCAUGCAGUGCCACUGCAUAUGCUGACAGACGCCGCACUGCAUACAGCCUGAUGAAUAUCAAUAUCAUGCAAUGUGAUGUCUGUCGGCUCCAUAGCAACUCUAUUGAAUAGGAUGUUAUUUCAAUACUUGGUGCACAUUAUUCAAUGAUCCAUUCGCGAAUUUGCCCGCCUUUCGAGAUGAGAUAAUAUGUCCUGAAUCCGAACGCAGAUGAGCGAAUAUCCGUACCUUUGUUUCUCUCCUGCUUUGACAUCCGUGUAGCAGAGGAGUAGAUAGACUUGGCUCCCUCCUGAAUGAAAACGGCAGAUCAUUUUGAGGUGGUCAUCAUGGGCAUGUAGGACGGAAGAUUGGCGUGAAACCACUUCGCAGAUCCUAUGCACCGAUGACAACUGCCUGACAACAGGUUCCCGCCCCAUGUCUAUCAGCCAGGGCUGGUGGCUAUAUCAUCUUGGACCUACGCCUGGUCAAAGUGAGCUAGGAUAUUUUUUGUCUUUCUGGUAAUCACCCAUUUUAAACACCAACGCUUUUUUGGGAGCAUCCCGUAAUCUCCUGGAACACAUCAGCACUCACACCCUUUUCCGGCAGGUGAGCUCCUGCCCCCAGACCGCGGGGAAUCCUCUACUCUACACAGCGUGCUUCACUGGAUCGUCACAUCCCCAAAUCAUUAGCUACAACAAUCACCGCCAGAACUGUGCCCACACUGCCACCUCCAUGCACCGAGACCAUCAGCAACCCCGACCGUCACCCCUUACUCCUUUCCUGGAGAAUCAGCAAAACCCCUUUCGUACGCUUCAGUUAACUUCUUUCGGUGGGGGCUCAAUCAUGUUGACAAUCACGAGGUCGGUUGUAUCGUGCAUUCUAGCCUGAAACGGGCAUCUCGGUCUUCUGCAGCCUGUGGUGCUCACUAUAUUCAGACAAUGGUGACUGCCGAAACAAUCGUGACGUCGACAACCGGGACCGAUGCUGCAUGGAAGGGUGCGAGCUUUGUGGCGUAAAGCCAGGUAUACACCAUCGGAGAUGGGCUCGUGGUCAUAUGGACAAGAGGUAUUAUUGCAACUGAGCCGCAGGUGAUGUUCGUUACACAGUCUGCGAUUGCGCGAGCGCAGGUCGAAGAGUUCCUGAUCGCCAGGCGAAGGGCGUGGCAGCUUCAAGUCGAUGCGCUGGUCGAGAUAGUUCAAUGCGAUUGGAGACCAGAUGGGUCGGGCAUUUGGGUACGGUUCUGGCUUCGUUAGACCCUCAUGCCCAGGUGCCAAAGGCUUAAAACCAUUCGACUUGAGGUUGGGAUUGCUCACUGCAUUUGGUGCUGACGCUGGCACGGACGCCGAGGCUAGUGAUGGGGAGGAUUCGUGAAUCGACGGUUGUGACUGAGGCUCGUCUCCCUGAGUCAUGUCGUCCCAUGAGCCCUCAAAUUGUUGAGGGACUCGCCUCGGUCGGCGCGCAGGAAAACCAGCAGGACGUUCCUGACGCCAUGCCGGCUUCUGGGCUUGUUUAUUUUUGUUGAAGCCACGGUAGGAACCUGCAGGAUCAGAAGUCCAGGUACCAUUAUGCUGGGGAUGUUCUUGCCUCCCGGGCACUCCAUCCACUCCUGCUUCCUCGUCACCCCAGGCCCCUUCAAAUGGGGGCGGGACGUAAGUGUUAGCAGAGGGAGUUGUCUCCCAGCUUUGUUCCGCGGUCUUGUUCGAAUUUGAAGAUGAAUGAGUGGAAGGUUCAAGUUUUACAACACCGGCGGAGCUGGACUCGCGUGCAGCAUCAUCUGCAAUGAUGCCAUUCGGCUCGUUUCGCGCAGGGGUUGUUUCCUUCCAUUGCUCAGGAGAAGGGUCAAGUCCAUUUUCCUCUGGUCCCUUUGAGCGGUGAGUGUCCGAGGAAGAUGACGAGACCUUGGGUUCAUGGCGGGCAGUUGUUGGAGAAACCGUUUGGACGGACUUGAGCUCCGAGGUGGCUGGGGCAGCAACCUCAUAUUCGACUUUGUCUUCCCAUUGAGGAGCCGACGACCGUCCGUUGAUGUUUGCCGUGAUCUCUCCCGAAAAGGACUCCUUUCUGGGAACACUGACAAGCGUGGACAAGCUGACAAUGUGGAAAGGGACGUUGAUCCCUGCAGGAAAGCCCUGUGCGGGUUCCACCAGGGAGGUCUUUGCUUUGGUGUAAUCGUCCUCGCUGUACAACUGCAGAAUGUUGUAAUACUCGGACUCUUCGCCUAGUGCUAGGAAUAUGUGUCUGCAAUGACAGUUCUCGAUGUACAACUCGUAGA